AUGGAUUUGUUACAACGAUAUGGUGCGAGUGUAAGAAAUGAGAGUCCCCAUCCUUUAACUGAUGAUGACGACGAUGACGACUUAUUUGAGGAUCGAUUUAGUGUUGCAUAUAAUCUUGACCGAGAAUUUGGUCCAAGGCUUAAGGAGCACAUGCAAUAUUGCAUGAACCAUCCAGAAGAAAUUAGUAAGCUCUCAAAAUUAAAAGCUCAAGUAACUGAGGUGAAUGGGAUUAUGUUGGAUAACAUUGAAAAGGUUUUGGAUCGUGGGGAGAAGAUUGAACUUCUAGUGGACAAAACAGAAAACUUGCAAUUCCAGGCUGAUAGCUUCCAGAGGCAAGGGCGACAACUGCGACGAAGGAUGUGGCUGAAGAAUCUGCAAAUGAAACUGAUGGUAGGAGGAGCUGUAAUUAUCAUUUUAUGGCUUUUUGCGUGUGGGGGUUUCAAAUGUUGA